AUGGCACCUGAUGGCGCCUCUGCCAUUGACAAAGACCAAGAGCCCAAGUUGGAGAAUCCAAAUCCAGAGAUUCCCGACUCAAACGAUGUCAACAAGAAGCAUAAAGUCCUGGACGUGUUUCCGAAGAGAUUUAUGGAGAUGUUUAUCGCGAACAAGCGGGAUGAUAUGAUAUAUGAGGGGAAAUUGCUGCUGAAGCGAUGA